AUGCACCAGUGGAGCCUCUCUGAGCUCCAGGGGGUCUCCUCCGCCCAGCAGGGGGUCUCCUCCACCCAGCAGGCGGCUUCCUCCACCCAGCAGGGGGUCUGGACCCCACGGACUGCCCAGGACGGAGCCAGGGGGGGGUCAGGCCGCCGCUGCCUCUGCCCGCCGACGGCAGCUCCUCUCUGGGCAUGGCUGCUGCUGGGGGCCCUGCUGGUCCCUGGAGCCUGGAGCUUUCUGAGCGAGGAGCAGGAGGAGCUGCUGGUGGAGCUUCAUAACUACUACAGAGGACAGGUUUCCCCCAGCGCCUCGGCCAUGCUGCCUCUGAAAUGGGAUCCGACUCUGAAGGUGAUAGCAGAAGGCUACGCUGCUAAAUGUGUGUGGAACCACAACCCCGAGCUGGAGGAAACUGGAGAGAACCUGUUCGCUGGCACCGGGUCUCUGGACCUGCGGGAAGCGCUGGAGAAAUGGUUUCUGGAGCGUCUGGACUACGACUAUCAGAACAACAGCUGUGAUGAAGACAAGAUGUGUGGACACUACACACAGAUGGUGUGGGCAGACACACACAGAGUCGGCUGUGCCUUCCAUCUCUGUAACAAUAUGGAAGGACUGGACUGGGAGAGAGUCUCCUUCCUGGUCUGCAACUACUAUCCGGCAGGGAACUAUGAAGAAGAGCGGCCGUACGUUGAAGGCGACUGGUGCUCCAGAUGUCCUGAAAACCUCCAGACAUGUGAAAACAACCUCUGUGUUGCUGACACAGUGGAGGAGGAAGACGAAGAGGGCGAGGACGAAGAUACGACAUCUUUUCCUCCCCUCGCUACAUCAGACCCCUCCCUCUCACCUGAAGGGGAGGGGGAGGGGGACUCUGAGGAUGCUACUCCUGCCCUGAGCACCCAUCCCAAAAUCCUCUCAACCAAACAGGGACAGGAGGAGCAGAGCCCCGAUGAGAUAAAGGAAAAGGAGGAUCAGAUGGCAGCAGAGAGGGAGAAAGAUGUAGUAAGAAAAUCAAACAGGAACAUGUCGGCUGCAGCUGGUGGGUCAGUAGCUUCUCCUUCUCUGCUGCUAGCCUGUCUGACAGGGAUGAUCACUGUGAGGCUGUGA